AUGCGCCGCGAGAACGAGAGAUGGAGAGAACAGAGCCUCAAAGAUGCCAAAGAGGCAGAAGAACAACUACGUCGUGGCGAACAGGAGCUGUUUGACAGGAACCGCAGAGAGGCUGAGAAGAAGCGUCUUGCUGAGAAGAAAGCCCUCGACGAUCUCCACAGGGAGCACGAGAGGGAGCAGCAGGCGCGGAAAAGGGAGGCCAAGCGCCAGGCUGAGGAGAGACGCCAAGCUGCUGAAAAAGCUCUUGCAGAACUCCAACGGGAACAGGAGAGGGACGAUGAGAUGAGACGUCUUGCGGCUGAGAAGGCCUUUGAGGAACGCCAAAGGGAGCAAGAGAGGGAAGACGAGGAGAGACGACAAGCUGAGAUAAGAGCACGUGAGGAACGCCAGAGGGAGCAGGAGAGACUCGAGGAGAGCAGACGUGUUGCCGAGGAGAGAGAGCGAGCUGAGCGUCUAAGACAGCAGGAGCAGGAGCAGGAGAGAGCGCGGCAGAAGAAGGAAGAAGAGCGACGUCUCGCUGAGAAGAAAGCCCGCGAAGAACGUGAAAGACAGCAAGAAAUGGAAGAAGAGCAAAGACGUCUCGCCGACAAGAAAGCCCGCGAGCAGCGUCUUCGAGAACAAGAAGCAGAGAUAGAGCGCGAAGAACAACGCCGGCUCGCCGAGAUAAAGGCUCGCGCAGAACGUCUCCGCGAGCACGAGCGAGAGCUCGCCGCCAUCGAAGAACGAACGCGGGCAAUCGAAGAAAAACGUCGUCUGGCCGAGCAAACUGCACGCGACGAGGACCUCCGUGAAGCAGAACGCCAGCGCGCCCGCGAAGCCGAGCGCCAAGCAAAAGCAGACUACGACCGCCUCGUCAAGGAGCAAAUGGACCGUGAUGCCAAAAUGCAAAAGGAGAAAACAAUCCAAGAAGCCGCUCUCCGCAAACAACAGGAAGACGCAGACACCCAACGUGCCCUAAGAGCCCUCGCCUCCCCUCCUUCUCCACCCGCCACACCGCCAGCUGUCCCCGGUCCAGCCCCCUCGCUCCGCCCCAAACCAACGCCCAUUUCCCCCAGGAAAGAAAUAAACUACUCUCUCCCUGCCGUCGGCGACCAGAAAAUCGGUCGUUUCACCCUUGGCACCCGCGCAAUGCCUAUCCAUGAAUCCCAAGAUCUCCCUGCUCAACCCCCAACACCAGGCAAACUGUGUCCCAGUGGGCCCUCGCCCAUGGUCCGUCUAGGCAGCGCCAUAUCCGCCUCGGACGUCCCCCUCGUCAGAGAACUCAAAGGCCAGACAAACAUCACGCCUGUACCCACUGCCUUGGCGAACACCGAUGCUGGUGGUAACAGUAACCGACCAGUGGCGGGUGGUCUAAGGAAGACGCCAGGGCCCAGAAAGGCACCGCCGCCUGUGCCGGAACGCUCCGGCGUUGAUCCCAAACUCGAAGCUAUGCUAGCCAAGCGACGCACGUGGGAGGCCGAGGAGGCGGCAAAGGAGGCCGCGGCAGCUUCAGCGGGCACGAAUAGCGAGGCUAGUAUUACGCCGCCGCUUUCACCCGCGAGUACGGGAAAGAAUGGUUGUGGCUUCUCCAGUGAGGCGAGGAGGUUGAGCCAGAACGAGUUUGAUACCAAGAGGAAGACUGGGUGGAAGAAGGAUUUUGAGUGA